CUACUCUGUCCAUGACUGCACAUUGUUUUCAGGAAUCAAUGAAAGUUUCAGGAAUCGCCCGUGGCUGAGUGCAGUAGUUUGAGUCAGGAAGGGGUCUCUGCCAUUUCCUGGUUGUUGUGAAGGGCCCCCCUAGAGUGCAGGCUAACUAAACUAGUGGCAAUGACCGUGUUCCGGUAUUGGAGCAUCUUCCUGCGUCCAUGAUAAUUGCUCAAGCAUGUUUGAGGAGUAGCACGAGUUACAGGCGGCCUCUAGCGAUCAGCAUAGCACCGAUAACAGGGGCGUUUCGUCACUUCCAGCCAAUCUACUUGAAAAUAGUUCUACGUCUUGAAGUAACAGUUAGUUGAAUACGGAUGGUCUGUGUUACAAGCACCCGCGCCGUCCUCGAAUCCCCUUACGGCAGUUACGGCCUAACCUGCGGAGCGUGAUAGCUGCACUUGAAUUUCAGAAACACACGUGAAGGAACUCAUAUUGAAAGUUUCGUAUGCGGAUUUCACUAAAGUGCGAGUGAACUAUUUGGGCACGUAGGCAGCUGGACUGUCCGGGUCUCCCGUCAAGGUGCUGCAGUCGCGCUUACACCUACCCCCUGCAUGCGCACGCACAACGGUGCCCACUAGUGUGUGUCACGUCACCGGUGACCAAGCAGCCUGUUGGGCGGGCUGGACCCAUCGCUUUGCAAGGCAAUGGCAGUGCCCGGGAGAGAAGCAAGUGCUGCCAAUGGCACUGCACCGAUGGAGUCACCAACAGAGUCACUGCCCAAUGACUAUGACCCGUGGGACGAACUUGUAUCUGGGAAAUUUCCGAUCAUCAGUCAGAUCAUCGAUGAUGCCAGCCAGCUACAUGAUGCGGCGGAGCAAUGCUUCGAUAAACAAGUUAACAAGGAUGAACGCUCUGUUCUAACGUGGCUCAACUCAUUGAAGGAUGACAUGGAGCCAGGGAAAACGCAUUCGUACGAUUCCCAGUUGGAAGACUGCCACAUGUUUGUCAUGCUUCUCAGAGAAUUAGCACGAAACGAGGACUUGGAGAGGCACAAAGCGAAGCUCAUUGAGGCCAUAGCAAGGGAUGUUGAUGACAACCUGCGACUCCACCAGUCAAAUACACACAGUUCUACCACAGGUACCACAUUGUAUCGCUGGAUACAUGCCAGAUCCUUUGGCAACCCGGCAACAGCAGAAGCGUCACCGGAGAACAGCGUGCUGAUCGUUGAUGACCGCUCACAGAUCCGGUUGGAGCAGACGUUCUCACCUCUGAAGCAGUCGCUGAUGCACGCUCACGAUGCACACCAGGCUAAACUAACGCCAGGUGACCGGACGGGCCAAGCCAGUGCCACAGCAGUGCCGCCAUGUAUAGUGGCGUUGUGUGGCGAUGUGCCCGGUAUGCUUAAUGGAAUGCAGCAGAUGCAGACAUCCAUGUCAGGUUCAGCCGCGGCACACAAUGAGGCUGCGGCACAGCAGCAGCGCAAGCUAAUUGCCGAUGCGCAGGGCGGAGGUGUGUAUGCGCUACACCAGCACGCACCCCAGGGCUUGCCACAGCCACACAAAAUGGACGAGCCCAGCACUCCCUCUGACCUCGUGCUCCUGGCGGUUUCCCUCUGUGCAAGUGACGACCCGGACAAUGCAUCGCCAUGCUCCUAUGAACGCAACAGUGACGGAUGUGCUGAGAUUGACAGCAGAACGCAAGACCAGGACGCUUUCGUGCACGAGCGGAACUGCUGUUCCUUGCGCUCCGCACUGGAGGCUGCCAACACGGUCAUCUGCUUCUUCUCCAAGAAACAGACAGAGAACAUGAGGCAAGAAGCGAUGCAAGCCAAAUUGAAUGCUGAGGCACUCCGGGGCAGACACACACAUCGGCGUGAAGGAAGGAGGCCACCUGUGGAAGAGUCAGACAGUGUCGAGACACACCGCCGUGAAGGAAUGUUCACGAAGCCCAUCUACGAGGAUGAAGUGGAGCCAGAGGAAGUGCCAUCCACUCCACCUGUCAAACCAUCCGACUGUUUCUACCCCCUGCAACUUCUCCAUGAUUGCUUGGAAAGGUUUCCAAAGAACGGUCCAUUCGUCAACAGUACUUCACCACUUAACCUGUAUUGUGUAUUCGACGUCUCUCAGCAGUUCUUCGAGGAGAGUAAUGUUAAGGAGGUCAUGCAACUCUGGAUUGACAACCUGUUCACGUCUGAAUCUGAUGAGGUCAUGUCUAAUCCGGACAGAUCCACAAGCAAAAGCAGCAAGAACACCAGCAGCAGCACCAGCAGCAGCGCCAGCAGCACAGCAGAUACCAGCACACCAUCAACCCAUGUCCACGUUGCGAUCAAACUUACAUGUAGCUUCCAGACACUUUCAACAUUCCGGGAAACAUGCCCUCAGCUGCUCUCUCGAGCACCGCCCGUCGACAGCUACUGGGUGCAUUCAGCCUCAGGAAUUGUCUCCGAGACCGUGAAUCCCGUUCGUAGCCCUGGAGCAGGGUUGCACGGCACAGCACACGUCGGCAUGGCCCAUGCAACCGAUGCAACCGAGUGGCCGCGCACUGCCAAGACGAGGCAGUACGCCCAGCGUACACGCAGUGGUGAGAUCCUCUUGAAUGGCCCGUGCUUACAGAACGUCUUUCCGCAUUGCAGCAGUGGGCUGACUAGGCUUGAGCGCCUGCUGCGGGCAUGGCAUGGCAACGUCAGAGUGCUCACAUGCACUGGCAUCGGCUCAGCUUCUCAGAAAGCGCUCACUCUUCUGAACGAGAUGGGCUGCAUGGCGUUUGCAACAAACACGGCUUGCAGUGCAUCGGCCCAAGCUGAGCGCAUUGCGGACGGGCCUGAGGGGAUGUGCCCAGAAUGCAGCAUACACGUGGGCUAUCGUGUCAUGGCUGACCACAGCACGCUGCUGCUAUUCUUCGCCGUGUGCCGGACUACGCCGACCGGAGCAAGUACUCCGAGCAGUCCGCACGAAUGCCCGGCACUCGUUGUCGCCCACAAGCUGGCGCAUGUCACUGUGAUCACGUGUGACGAGGCAGACCGCUCCAGUGCACAAAAGAUUGAGCCGGCCGUCAAGGACCUGAUGGAGCGCAUGUGCAUGGGACGCGGUAUGGAGGCUGCGUUCCCUGCCGGACACCUGCUCCUGGUCAGUGAGCCGAGCAAGGAUGCCGGCAAGCUGCCAGGCGGCGUGCCACUGAGCUCGGGAAGAGCACAUCUAGACCAGCUGCAGGACUACGUCGCACCCUAUCCUGUGCACUAUAAUGACAACGCUGCUGAGCACAAUUUGGAUGCCAAUACCAGUCAACAGAGGAAUGAAGCGGAUGUGGAGGCAGCAGCGGAGGCCACGGAAGAUACCAACGAGUUGUCUCCGUCGUCCCAGUCCUGGCAGCCUCCGUCCCAGUCCAGGCAACCUCCGUCUCAAUCCAGGCAACCUCCGUCCCAGUCCAGGCAACCGGCCCCAGAGGCUGGCAUUGCCGUAUUGACCAAGGGUGAAAUGAUGAAGUGGCUGUUGACGCCUCGCCGCGAUCGGCAGCCAGAGACGGCUACAUGGCGGCACGGCGCGGAGUUCCUCAACUGUCUACGACUUCUUCUGUUCAAGAGGGGCAGCAUGGUGAAGUGUGCUGAUCAGCUGCGCUUGAGUGCAGCACUAUCUGAACAGUAUGAGGCGCUGCUGAACGACCUGGACACACUGAUCACAACUGGAGGCAGGCUGCAACCGGGUGCUACCAGUGAUGGCAUUGCCAUGCCAUUGGCUGGGCAUUAUCAGCCAGCGACGUGCAUCCCGUUCAAGUUUGAGAAUCGUGCCUGGCACAAACAAGACCUGACCGAGCGUGACCUGGAACAACUGCGGCGGUUGGCAACCGAGUUGUCGGAGAGCUCUGCAACCAUGGCCGAGUUCAAACAGAAGAUUAGUCAGGAGCACGGAGAACAAGUGAAGGCUCGCAGAAAGUUGGGUGAAGACUGGCUUGCAAUGUGGGCCAAAAGUUUUGAACGGGUUGACCGGCGCUCAAGGCAAUUCCUGCAGCGUGCAGAGGACCGUCUUGAUCUGCUCUCCAAUGGCGAAAAGCUCUGCCUAAGAGAUAUUGGACAAGAUGUCAGUGACAACUUCUCCAUGCCUUGUCUGCUACCAGACGGCCAUAAUCACCAGGCAUGCGACAUCUUGAUUGGAAGAAAGAACGGACGACACCCUCUAUGCAAUCUACGAUGCACGCUCUGCACAGAAGAUGGCGACGGUGAUUUCUGCCGUAAGCCGAUUGGCCAUCAUCUCCAGAUCAUAGGUGAAGAAGGACGCCGCCACCUGUGUUCAUCUGGUGAGGUGAAGCACCAAUGCCCCGGCGAAUGCUAUCUGUGGAAAGCAUCACGCGAUCACACCUGCGACCGACAGUGCAGUUAUCUGAAAGGACACGCGAGCAGAUCAGGCAUCCACCAGUGCGCCUGCAGCAAGAAACCUGUCGAUCACGAAUGCAGGGAGCUGUGUGAGCUGAGCGAUCACGCUGGCUGUCGGAAGUACACCGUUGAUGGUGGCGGGUACUGCCACUACGGAGCUCAACGUGAGAAUCAUGCACACCUGUGUGGCAGCACGGAACACGAGUGCAAGGCGGUGUGCACUGUUCCCGGCAGGUGCUACGAUGCACCUUGUGUGGACCAAGCUAGCUCUAGCAAAGGACAGCUGUCAGCAUCUUCUUCACAACACCAGACCGAUUGCAGCUACCGGAAACCGUGCUCCAACAAGAUCCCACCAGAUGGUAUAGUCUGCAAUAAGCACAGCUGCGGUAAACCCAAAAAGGAGCAUUACUGCACAACGCGGUGCUCUCUUUGUAAUGAGCCUUGCAACAGAAUGUAUGGCCAUGCAGGACGGUGCAAAGUGGAACAGCACGGCAAAGUCAACCAGCCUCAACGAGUGUGGAAUCGUGAACAUGGCUACGUCUUCACCAUACCCGCUAACACGGUGGACUGUAAAGGUCUGUGCUCCAAAGCCGGACCCAGCCAUACACAUAUCAUCCGAAAACAACGGCUAGAGCCAGGUCUCUGGCGGGAUUGGUGCGAGGAGGAGGACUACAUUGAGAUAGGGCACAGCCUAUUCUGGAAGGAAACAAUGCCCGUCGUUGAUCCGAGCGAUGCUAGUGUCGUGGAUGAGUACAACCGUUGCUCAGCGCUAUGUCCUGUCAAGGCCCAUGAGCACAUGGCUGAGUAUGUAGAGGUCACUAAGACUGACAAUAGCGAGCAAUGUCCUAAAUUCUGCUCUGGUGACCUGCUACAUGACCCGAUGAAACCCAAUGGCCAGGACAUGGUCGGCAAAGGCUACUACUCGAAACAGCUGAAUACGGACACCAAGGAACAUCACUACUUCAAGUGUGAACUCCGAUGCAUGGAGCCCUGUGACGAAAACUCCAGUACUGCAGACCUGGACGGCUACCCGGGCUAUCACAGUAGUGACUGUGCGAAGCGUCGCUGGCAUGAACCCCGUGAACAUGACUGCAAGGACGAGAACAAACAUCGAUGUCGGGAGGCUUGCAUGUCACACCCUCGCGAGGAGUCCAAGAGCUGCCACCUGAAGGUGGGCAGAGGGCACGAGGAAAACGGCAAGGCUCGACGUCACGCAUGCAGUGAAAAUCAAGGCUGUGGAAUGAAGUGCGUCAUACCAAACUGCAAGGAGCGGGAUAAUUAUUGCAAACACUACCAUGCCCAUAUGGAUGGACCUGGUGUAGGUCACCUUUGUACUACCCACAGUACAGGGUGGUGCCUUAAGCCAGAAGAAGAUGGUAUGAUGGAUCCACCAAGACUGUGCAUAGAGGUUCAGCAUGCGCCGGGUGGUUGUACCUAUUAUGACUUUCAAACAGGUUCCUCCAAGUGGAGUGGAAAACUCUCUGCACCAUCGGUUGAAAAUAAUUCCAGUUUCGCAAGCAACAGGCAACUACAAUCCACCGCUAGUCACAAUGAUAGCGCAUCGCACCGUUCAAAUCCAGCUUCAUGUACACACACGACAAGAUCCUUACCAAAACCAUCCGAUCUAGACUUGAAUAGCUCUGCAAGGCAGCCAGAGGUACGUAGUCAGGAGCAAGCAAGUGGCAGCUCUUCGAAUUCGUCUAGCCUGAAUGCAAGUCGGAAUGGGACGCCGGUUCAACACGAGCGUAGGAAUCCCAUUGCAAGAACUCUAUCAGAUUCAACCAAGUCUCGGCAGAUUACAACGCCGUCUCCAGCUCGUACACCUGUGACACCUACCAGCACUGGAUCUACUCCCGGAGGUAUUCCGCAUGUGCCUCCGAAUUCCGCACGUCCAACAGCAUUGCCCCAUUCGCUAUCCAUGGAUGCUAGACAUACAGGUGCGGGCCAGAUUCGGAGCCUGUCAGAGCAGCGCAGCGUUGACAUCACACAAAGCCUUCCACCGAGCAUGUCUGGUGGGGCUCAGAUUCGAACGCCAACAUCUAGGCCCGUGGGAGAGGAAAACCCACAACCACCAAUAAACCAUCCAAGCAACAGGCCAUCAGAUGCCAUUGCAAGAAAUCCAUCAAAAUCAACCGAGUCUUGGCAGAUUUCAACACCGUCUCCAGCUCCUACACCUGUGACACCUACUAACACUGGAUCUACUCCAAGAGGUAUUCCGCGAAUGCAUCCGAAUGUUGCAGGAUCACCAGCAUUGCACCAUUCGCAGUCCGUGGAAAUUGGAUAUGCCGGUGCAGGCCAGAAAUGGAGACAGUCUGAGCAGCGGAGCGUGGACAUCACACAAAGCCUUCCACCGAGCAUGCCUGGUGGGGCUCAGAUUAGAACGCCAACAUCUAGGCCCGUGGGAGAGGAAAACCCACAACCACCAAUAAACCAUCCAAGCAACAGGCCAGCAGAUGCCAUUGCAAGAAAUCCAUCAAAAUCAACCGAGUCUCGGCAGAUUACAACACCGUCUCCAGCUCCUACACCUGUGGUACUUCCCAGCACUGGAUCUGCUCCAGGAGGUAUUCCGCAAAUGCAUCCAAAUAAUGCAGGAUCACCAGCGGGGGUGAGAGCGGAAGACUCUCAACCAGGUGGUCACUUGCAGAGACUGCGAAGUGACUCUGGUUCAAUUCUUCCACGGCCAUUGCCACCAGGAGGGCGUCCACGGCCAAGACGCAACACAGAACCUGCCCGAAAUUUGCCUGACGUAUCCAGAAGCACUCAUGAAUCUCCACCUGCUGCACGGGAGGGGAUGCAACUACUUGUGGAUGUGGAUGCGCCUGCACCCCAACCCACCACAGCUGCCGCUGUUGCCUCUGCUGAUACGGUGUCGGAGGACGCAUUGCCUGAUGAACAAUUUGAUUUCGAUUCGUUGGCUCGUGUACGUCAUCAGUCCAAUUCUGCACCAGAUUCUGCCUUGUCAGAUCAGCAGGCAUCAGGACCAGGUUCCUGAUAUCUUGACAUUUACAUUUGAUGCUCCAAGCUAGGACGCACAAACCGCUUGCAAUCUACCCAACCGGCUCCCGGGAUAAACAAAAGGGCCAGUCACUAUGGCUCAAUGGCUGCAUUCCGGCGGAUGUUGCUUGUAGCCGGCUUAUUGCCAUGGAAGAUCGUCCAGACGGUUUCUCUACACAGCCCCCAGGUUUGAGUGUAUUGCCUUGGGCAUCCCGUCAUCCCGAAUCAAGAAACUCUUCACCAUGCGUGUGUUCUGUCAAUCGCAUCCCGGCAGCUCACACGUCCCUCGUAUUCCACAGCGCCCACAUUUUGUUGCUACAUGUGCCGCUACUCUUCACUGCGUAGUAGUCGUAGUAGCCGUAGUAACAUGUACAAAAUGGAUGUCACGUGUACAUGUUUCUGGUAAACUCACAACUCACAACGGCAUUUGACUAGUACUCGGUUAUCUGAUGCCACUAUUCCUUUCUCCCUGUUGUAUGCGUAAACACUGCUUGACUGCAUGGAGUACUCUUCCGUCGGUGGGGUGCCUCGCUUGUGACAUUAUUAGAAUGCAUCUUUCAUGCCAUUUUGCAAUCCCAUCCUCCUCCUCUUUAGUGUCCUCCUCCUCUCCCCUAUACUAGGCUACAGCGUCUUCCUCCCCUCCCCUCGCCGUCCUUAUCUCAUCCUCCUCCCCUCAGCCCAUCCUCAUCACCUCCCCGUCCUCCAACCCUCUACCCCCCCCCCCCCCCCUCUCCCAUACUACACCCAUCCACUCCCCUUCUCCUUCCCUCCCUUUCCUCCUUCCUUCUCUCCGCCUCCCCGAUCAGUUGAGGCAUUGUCUCACAGGGGAGGUGUACGUAUCACACAAUGUUAUCUUGUUCUAGGUAUUGAAUAGCAAUAUUGUGAAUCUGCCCAUUCAGAUAGCUUCUCAUCUUUUAUACUUGGUGUGUUGCCCUAAGAUAUGUAGGCUCAUAGCCAAAAGCAUGUUUGGCUAACCGCCACAACUCAAUUGAUUUUCGCUCAAAAAUUCUUUUAUUUUUCCACAGCUCUAGUCUAGUUCACUGAUAGGCAAUUUAGUAGGAACAUCUUUUUGAAAUUUCAGAUAUUUUAUUUCAAUUUCGAUUUCAAUUCUGCUACCUGUACCAGGGAGCAUACUGCUGACCACAAGUGUUGUGAGGCAUCAUACCUUUAGUUUUAGGUCCAUUCUUAUCUCUAGAUUGUGAAACAUUCUCUCAUUUUAAUAUUAGUCCUUCCAGUAUACAUGCUGUAAGCUCUUUGAGACGCUCAAUGGGCAGGCUACAGUUGUUCGCUGUGGUUGGUGGUUGUGA